GCUUAUCGCAGGUGCAUGGCGGGCCGGAGAUACCGCGCCAGUCAACAGCUCCGCUUCCUAGAAGGAGCAGUGUGUACUACGUACAGACUUGGCAGCGGUACAGGGCGCAUAAUGUACAGGACGUGCGCGGUGCUGGUGUGCUGCGGACUGCUGGCCGUCCCUUCCUCGGGCGCCAGGCUGCAGGAGAAGUGCAGGUACGACUCUGACUGCCUCACGGACCUCACCUACUGCAAGAACCAGGUGGAGUGUGCCUGCAAGGUGGGCUACGAGCCGCUAGAGUCGCUCAGCGGCUGCCAGGCGGGUGAGUGUCUCUCCUGCCUCCUACCAGCUCGGCUCCUUUUUUAUUAUUGGUAGGGACCACAUUUCGCG